AUGCUAACCGAACGUGAACAAUUGGCUUGUCUCGUUCAACAAUGGAACGAGAAUCGCCUCGAUCUUUUUCAUCUCUCAUAUCCGACUGAAGAAUUGGAAGUGGAAGGAGUUAUGCGAUUCUAUUUUCAGGUUAGUUUCCUUUAUUUAUAUAAAUAGAAUAGUAAAAAAGAGAAGAGGGUUUGGUAUAAGAAGUACUACAAAUAUAUGACUCUGUGUUAAUCCGAGUCAAGAAAUAAAUAGAAAAACAAUAUUUUUAUAGGAUGGCGGUGAAAAAGUGUUGACAAAAUGUGUUCGAGUUUCAUCGACUGCAACAACUCGCGCAGUCGUUGAUGCGCUUUCGGAAAAGUUUUUACCGGAUUUGAAAAUGUUGUCAAAUGAUGUUUAUACACUUUGGGAAGUUCAUGAGAAUGGAGAUGAACGAUGUUUGGAUGAGGAGGAGAAACCAUUGUUGGUUCAAUUGAUGUGGCAUAAGGAUGAUAGAGAGGGAAGGUUUUUGUUGAGAAGAGAUCGAACACCGGCACCGCCUUUGAAUGUGAGGAUUGGAAUUGGGAAUUGGGAAUUUGAUUUUUGAUUUCGGGACUCGAUAGAGAAAUUAUUGGAAGAGGAAUUGUUUGGUUUUCUAGGCCAUCCUGAAUCUUUUACACUGAACUAAUUUUAAGAAUUUUUUAUUGGAGAACUUUGCCACGUCAUAACUCCCAUUUUUGCAGCCAAUUCAACUACAAGAACUUGACCAGAAGCAUAACAGAUUUGCCAAGAAAAAAGAGAAAGAGCCGCGCAAAAAACACCAGAAAGAGUUCAUCCACGUGAAUUCGGGAAGAGAAGAAGCAGCCAUAUUACAAGAUGAAAAAUCGGAAGAUAUUUAUAAACAAGUACCAUUCAACACAUUCACCCGAACAAUUUCCAAUCCAGAAGCGGUGAUGCGCAAAAAGCGCGAGAAAAAACUGGAGACAAAACUGAAAGAAAUGACAUAUGGUGGAAGUUUGAAAGUGUAUGGAGGCGAUAUUAUUCCAUCAAGGCCUUAUGUCACGAUUUUGGCUGGAAUUAAUGAUUUUGCGGAUAAAAUAUUGGCGGAAGCGCUGGAAAAAUAUGGAUUGGAAAGAAAAUUUGACGAAUUUAUGCUGGUUGAGGUUGGUUUUUAUUGAAUUUAAAGGAACAUCUGGAAAUAACAGACAAAAUAAGCAUGUGCGCUCUAUCGAACACAUAUUCUUUGUUUUGUGUGCGAUAGAGCGCACUCGAUGCUUCAAAAAAUGCGCGAAAUGUCUUAGUUGUUAUUGUGUGGCAAAAUAGGGUUUCAAAUUAAACGGUAAAAAUAAAUAAGAAAACCAGUUUUUCCUGAAAAAAUUUCAGUUUUCUUCUUUUCUUUUUUUCCCCUUAUCAGUUUUUUCCUGAUCUCGAACUGAAUUUAGUUUCUUUUUCUUCUCUCUGAUUUUCUUUAUUUUCCUGAAAAAUGCCCAGAAGUUGUGCUAGUAUUGAUACAAUUGAUGAACUAUGCGAAUUGCAAUAUUUGCACGAAAUGCGAUUGAAAAACGAAGAAGAGGAGAAGAAGCUGAAAAUGAAAAAAGUGACGAUUGGCAAAAAGAUUCAGCGAUUUUUUUCGCUUUCGAUUGAGGAUGAUAAAGAGGAUCAAGAGGAGAUUGCGAGCGAGAGGAAGAGGUGUUCGAGUGUUGAUGAGAAACAGACAAGAAAGUUGUCGGUUCGAUUGUUUCAGUGGUUUGGUGGAUUGAGGAAUGAGGUGAAACGAGAAGGAAAAUAUACGUUUCAACGGGUUUUUGUGAUAGAAAUUUAGGCGGUCUGAAAUUCAGUAAUUCACAAAUUUAAUGGGGUGAUUUAGGUAGAAAAAAAAAAGAAAAAUUUCGUUUCAGCAAAUGCCAAAAAACUAUAUUUUUUUCCACACAAAAUGAAACAUAUCUCGCAGCGAAAAUUUUUCAAAACUUUCCCUCUAGAUUAUGACGUGGCGGGAUUUUAGGAGUAGCUUCAAUAAUGAUUUUCAUCCUAAUCUAAUGUAGUACUAAUUAGAUUUGCAUGAAAAUUAUUCUUGAAUCUAGUUUUCAGCUCCUCGAAUCCCGAUUUUUCGAAAUUUUCAAAUUUUGUCACAUCAUGACUCAUAUUUAGAGUUAGAGAGAGCUAGAUUUGAAAAUCGGGAAUUUGGAGUGACUACGAAUCCACGAUUCAUCAUUUUUAUCCAUAAAAAUGAGCUGGAUUUUGCCACAUCAUAACUCAUAUCAGAAGUUGAGUUCUCCAAUUUUUUCGGCGGAAUCGUGAUCAGCGGGUCGAAAACUACUAGAAAACGUUUUUUCGCAAUUUUCUAGUUCCAAAGUUCCAAAUACAAUAUUCCAGGUAACAUCUGGAAGUGACGCACCGCGCAAAUCAAUGUCAGAUCUUCGAGAUAUCGAUGGUCGACCAAUUGGACCCGAUGAAUGUCCGUUGGCUGAAAUGACUGCGAGAUGUGGAGAAAAUGGAUUUGAAUCAUUUUUGGCGAUUAAACGAAAACCCCAUGAUUAUCAGUAGGUUUUCCAGAUAAUUUUGAAGCGUAUUUUUUGUCCUGCAGAAUCCCGUCAACAUCUGUCAUCCCCAACAUCGCUCCUCCUCCUCUGCCACCGAUUCCAAUUUCUCCGACAUCGAGAAAUUUGCCGAUAUUGACGAUAAUCAAUUCGAAUGGAACUCCAUCGAGUCAUCAGAUUUUGCUGCAUGAAGGAUUGACGGAAGUUGGAAGCGAUAGAGAAAUGUCGAAUUUUUCGCCGCAUAAUAUUUAUGUGAGUUGAAAAAUUCAAAUUUUCGGGGAUAUCUUCUGAGCCCAGAAUCAUGCUCUUAGAACAAAAAUUGAUGAAAAUCCUCAUUUUGAACGAAAAUUGAUAGAUUUCGACUCGAAAAAUGGCAAAUGCGCUCUAUCGAACUCUGUCAUUUUUUAUUGCGAACUUCAAAAUUUCUUCUUUUUUUCCUGGUAGUUUUUUGAGCCUGGAUUUGGUGAAAAUUGAUUUUUUACUUGAGAAUCAUUAUUUUUUAUGAAUUUGGAGCAAUUUUGAGCCGAAAUUCAUGCUUUUCGAUGGAAAAUUGAUGAAAAUCAUAGAUUUUGACUAAAAAUUAGCAAAAGCGCUCUAUUGAACUCUCUCAUUUUUGUGGCAAAAUUCAAAAUUUCAAUUUUUUCCUGGGGUUUUUUUUUGAGCCUGGAUUCGGUGAAAAUGGAAUUUUUACUUGAAAAUCGUGAUUUUUGAUGAAAUUGGAGCAAUUUUGAGCCGAAAUUCAUGAUCUUUGAUCAUUUUUUACCCUAAAGCUUCCAAAACUCCUGGAAUUCCAGCUCGAUGGAAUCGAAAUCCGAGGUCGACAUGCUGCAAUUGCAAAUAUGGAAAAUGUAGUGACCCUAACUCCAUCAACCCGCGAUGCUUAUUUAGAGGUUGGUUUUGUGUUUUUUCCUGGGAAAAAUACCUGUUUUGUUUUCCCUAUUAAUAAUAAUGAAAAUACAUAUAUUAUUUUCAUUAUUGUUAUUAUUUACAUGCCGAAAAGCCCGUUUUUCUCUUUUGUUUUGAGUACUCUAGCUUAUUGUAGAUCGAAAAAUCAACCCAGAAAAAUAUAGGGUUUUGAGAGAAAACCCCAAUUUAAUUAUAGUAUACUCAUUCAUUUCAAUGUGUUUUUUCUUUCUAUACUGUAAUUUGUUUAGCACGCGCGCGACAAAAGGGUAAUUGGCCUAAUUCGAUGGGUUUUCGCAGGUUAUUUUUCCGACCUCAAAUAUUAUUCUUUCUCAUUUUUCCACUCAAAUCGCCCUAUAGAGAGAUUUUGGGCAAAAUCCAAGCGCGCGAAAUUAAAUUUCCGUUUUUUUUUCGAAUGAUGUUUAGUAAGUACUUGUCGUCCUCGAAAGAAUGUCCGAUUCUUCUCCACACAAAAUAUUUAUUUAUUUUUUCGUUCUAUUUGUCUUCUAUUUGACGCAUCAUUUUUGCGGCGGUGUGACCGGCUGGUUUUUGAGAGAAGAGAGAGAGAGAGAAAAUAUGGGCUGAAACUUUUUUUGUUAGAAAAAAGGUCUUGAAAAUCUGUAUUCCGAACACUUUUGGCUCAAGUUUAAUAUCUUUUGAUGAGCUCAGAGUCCGAGGUCUAAUUUGAGCAAUCCACCAAGAAGAUCUGAGCUUCAGAAUAUAUGGAUACUGUAGUUUUUAGCUUCUUCAAAUUCACCAAUUUUUUCAAAAAACUACAUGUUCCUUUAAAUUCCUGUCAGGUACAGUAAUUGUUUUUUUCUAUAGUUUUAGUACAGUAAUACAAUUAAAGGAGCAUGCGUUCAGAUUGCUCAUAUUUAACUAUUUCGUGGCUACAGUAUUCGCAUUUAAAAGCACAACGAUUAUAACCUGAGCAAUCUUUUGGGAUUUCUGGAAGGCCAAUUUAUGUUCCUUUAAAAAUGUAGGUACAAGUCUCGAAGUCAUCCUCAGACACACCUCGGCCAAAAUCGUGUUUUCCACAAUAAAAAUUGUACGCUAAAUUUUUACAGUACAAAAAUUGUGAAUUUUUCAAUUUUUGACCUCUCAAAACUGAAAUUCUGAUUUUUCAAAAAAUUGUACUCUGUCCAGCCACGGCUUGGCCGAGGUGUGUCCUCAGAUCUUCCUAUUUUUCCCCCAACAAAAUGAAAAUGCCAUUUUAGUCUCCCACUUCUUUUUUCUUCCUAAUCCUUCCCGUUUUCGAUUGCGUUUAUUUUUUGUUGUUUCGAAUCGAAAGUUUUUUUCCUCCGAUUUUCUAAUCCGCGAAAAUUCUAUCUAUUUUCCUCUCUUCUUCUUCUUUUCCUUUUUUGGCCAACUUCCAAAUUAUUGUGGUUUUUGACAGCGGAUUUUUUAUUGACUUUUGCGCGAUUUCUUCUCUUCCAUCUCCGAUUUUUUACCUAAUCUUUUAAUAUUAUCUCAAUAUUUUUAUUCGAUGACUGUAUAUACGUUUUUAUUUUUGGGCGCGGAAAUCGUAUAUGAGAAAUGGUGAAUAGUUUUGUUUAGUUUUGUAUGAAUCAUUUUUUUGUGUUGUUUGGCGGAAGUGAUAAAACUAGGUUUUUGCAUUUUUUUUCAAACUGAAAAUGAGAUUUUUGAAGUCAAAAUUAUUUUUUUUUGAAAGAAAAAAUUACUGUUUCAAAAUUUUCAUGAAACAAGAUCUUGCUAAGGUUUUUCUAUUAGUUUAUUUAUCGAACAAGAAUUUAAAAAAAAAUAAAAGACAAUUUUUUCCCUGAAAAAAAUUGUUGGCUGGUUUUGAAUUAGUGAUAUUUUAAAUAACAAACUCACUUUUAGAAAUCUCCUUAUAAAAAAAUUAGCAUUGCUCAUGUUAAGCCCAGAAAAUCAGUACACAGUGCGUAAUUUACCAUCCCAAAUCGCUAGACGUCAAGAUUUACAAAACAUUUUUCCGGGGGUAGAUCAAAAAAUAUUUUCUCUAAUUAUCUCACUUUUGCGUUGACUCUAGUCACAGCCCUAACAAGGAAUGGUUUUCAAUGUUCCCCCAAGGAAAAAAUCGAGAGUAUGUGGAAUGUUGAGGGUUCCCGUGGGUAAGAAAAACCCUAACGGGAAUAAGAAGAAAAAUGCCUUAUUCUCGAGAAAAAAUGUAUUUUAGGUCGAUUUUUACACCAUUUUUUGAUUUUUAGAGCAUCUGUAACUCGAUUUUGAAUCUAUUUCAUGAACUUUUGAGUCGUGGAAGUUGUUCAGAAUGGUCGAUUACGUGUUUGUGAAACUUUUUAUCAAAAAAUUAGACAUUUUUUGAAAUUUGGUUUUUUUAGUCGGGGUUUUUCUGAUCAAAUGGUCACCAAAAAACACAAAAAAUAAUUUUUUCCAUUUUCAAAUGAACGGAACUUGAAAAAUUUAUGACGGUCAACAGACGUAAUUUGGUCCGUAGAAUCCAAAAAUCAUAGUCUCGAUUCACACAAACUUCUCCUUCACAACGAAAACGUUGAUUUUCUAUGAAUUUUUCAAACUAGAAAUUUGAUUUAGUGGACUUUUGGGACCAAAAUUAUUUUAUUCCUAAUUUUAGUCGAAGUAAUACUAAAGUACGCCGUUUGCGCUACAAAUGGAUUUUUAGACUGACAUUUUUCAUCAAUUUUGAAAAAAAGUUUCGAUUUUUCUAAAAAAUUUCAUCGCAAAAAUCAAUAACACCAAAAUUUUCUAAAACAAGGCAUUUUUCUCCUUAUUCCCAUUAGGGGUUUUCUUACCCAUGGGAACCCUCAACAUUCCACAUACUCUCGAUUUUUUCCUUGGGGGAACAUUGAAAACCUUUCCUUGUAAGAUCAAGUCGGGUCUCAAAAAAUUGGGGAAAUUUUCGGGGUAGUAAAUUAUACAGUGUAAAUUAUUGCUCAUGUUAGGCUUUGUAAAAAUGAGCAUUGCUCAUGUUAAGAAUGUGAGUCAGAUACAUCUACUAAUCAGAUGAUUUUCAAGAAAAUGUUUAAACCUCGUAAAAUCGUGAUAUUAUUUUUCCCUCGAAUUCAAAACUCAUGAAAACAUUUGUAUUUCAAGUACUUAUUGAGUUUGUUGUUGUUGUUAUUUGUCCUCCUUUUUCUUCCACUUGGUUUUUCUCCUUUUCGUGCCACGGCGAGAAUUUUUAAACCUCCCCCCUCCCUUGGAAAAUGCGGCAGAGAAACCGGUGCAGAAAAACGAGAGAGUGAGAAAAUCGGGGAGAGUGGGAAAAGAAAAAGAGUACAGGCGAAAAAAUGACUGCAGAAAAUUGAAAAUCCUAAAAAUUUCCUCUCGCAUACUUUAUCAUUAGAGCGCACAUUCUCUACUCCUCUCUAUUUUCUGCGGGAGGGGGAAGAAGAACAAAAAGUUUUAUUUUUCUCGCCGUGGUGCCCGUGUUCACCCUUUUCUCAUUCUUCUCGUCGUAAACCGCUCAGCAGUUGCAGAUGUAGCUAAUUCAUAGCUCAACCGAUCGCAGCCCUUGACACUUGCGUUUUAUUUACGAACAGUGUGCGGUUUAGCUACAAACACACACCGAAGUCUGUUUUAGCUACGAAACACACACGCAUGUUUUAGCUACGAAAACUGUUUUCCUGUUUAUUGCGAAAUACUGCUUAUGCGGGUUUAUUUCUGUAUUUGGCGUAGCUAGAAAACUUGCAAAUAUAAAACAUUUAUUCGUAUUGAAACAUACAAUAACAUAAGAAUAUGAAAUUAUAGUCAGUUAUUCACCAGAAACACUUAAUUUUCUCGCAGUUGUUUGAUAGCUUCUGGAUCCUGGACCGGCCGAAUAUUAGAUAGAAAAGUAGCAACUAAAAUUUCCCAAUAGGGCGGUAGGCUUGCAAAACAUGACGAUGUGGUGUUUGUGCAUUUUGCGACUCCAUUUGGCGGUUUAACUUCCCAAAAACCUAUUAAAAGCCAAAUUGGUCGAGAUCCAUGACAUCCGGCAUUUUUCUUGUUAUUGGCAUCUGUAAAUUGAGAAACACUGUGGAAUAUUGAAAAUUUUGUUGGAAUUACCUUAUUUAUUGAAGAUUUCACCAUCACUUUCCACUUUUUCGAGAAACGCAACAAACUGACUGUUUUUCUGCAAAGAUUCAACGUAAAACGUAACUUUUAGAUGAACUUACUCGUUCUCCAUCGAUAAAACACUGACGCGUAGACGAUAUAAUAUGUUACCAGCACUUUUCUAGGCUUUAAGUCACGAAAAUCGUCGAAAAACAAAACAAAACGAAGAAAACAUGUUUGCGCGCCAAAAAACCGUAGCUAAAACGUAUGUGUGUUUUAGCUGAGAAAUCGGUCAGAAACACUGAGCUAAAUUUUUGCUUCGAUUUAGCUGGAGAUUCAAGUUCUUUCUACGGUUCAGCUACGAAAACCCUCAAAAUAUGAUUUAGCUACAUCUGCAAAUGCUGAGCGCAAAAAAUUCUUGCGCACAUACACAAUGUUUUUUUUUCUCUUCCUUCUGCAUAUGUUUGUUCUUGUCAUCGACAUAAUUUCUCAAUAGUUUUUGCUCAUGAAUUGAAUAGCUUUGGCUGUUUUUUCCCACCAUUUUACAACCCAUAGAAUUUGCGUUAUUCCCACACACUUUAUGAGGUUUUAUGGUGGGUUUGGGGGUUGUUAAUGCUUUUUUUCGUUCACACUAGUCAAGUAUUUGUUCAUUUUUUCAAAUGUUUCUCCUAGAGGCAAUCAAGUUUGCCCUAUCGCACACUAUUCAUUCGUGUUGUGUACUUCUCGAGGAUUUUGGAAGAAAAGUAGCAAAUGCGCUCUAUUGAACUCUCCCAUUUUUUUUUUGAAAAAUUCAAACUUCUAUUUUUUUAAUGCAAACACUGUGACGCACGCAAUCAAUCAAGUUCGCUCUAUAGCACACAUGAUUUGUGUACUUCUCGUGAAAUUCGCAUUUUAAAGGGGGUUAGAUAUCAUUUUUCGGUUGAUCUAGACCACCCACGAAGCCUUAUGCUCCAACAGUACGCAAAAGUGCGUCGCAGUGUUUGCACACACCAAUUCGCUUGAUCAAGAAAAAUAAUAGAAAUUUAAAUUUUUCAAGAAAAAUGGGAGGGUUCAAUAGAGCGCAGUUGUUAUUUUCGAGUCAAAAUUGUCCAUUUAGAGUUGUGAAAUCCUCGAGAAGUACACAACACAAAUGAAUAAUGUGUGCGAUAGAGCAAACUUGAUUGUCUCACGUGACGAAUUGUCCAAAAGAAUACCAAGCUUUUAACAUGUCUAGAUAAAUAGCAAUCCCCUUUUUGUCAUCAGCUGUGUUCGUUUUUCUCUCUUCAUCUCCUUUUUUGUCUGCGGUUUCGCUUUCAAAUCGCUUCCCUCCCCACAUUGAUUUAUCUUUUUGAGAUCGACGAAAUUCCUCCAUUUGCAACACUAACUUUUUUUUUGCCUACAUAUUAUGGAUUUUUGUUGGAAUUUAAAGUUGAAUUCAAUUUUUUGGUUCAAAAAAAUUCAAUUUUGAACCAAAAAAUCUUAUAUUUUUUGUUUUGCAGCUCCACAGUUUUUCUUCCCCUUUUUCCCUUUUUAAAAAUGAUUUUCCCUUCAGGUAAACGGUGUGCAAAUCAUGCAGACAGAAAUAUUGAGAGAUGGUGAUUUGAUUCGAAUUGGCACCGAUAAUUUGUUUCGAUUUUCGAAUGGAAAUGAGAUGAGAGAAAAUGGAGGACAUGGGAAUAUCAAACAACACAAUUCGUAUUAUGCUGAAGUAGUGAGUUUUUUUGUGAUUUUUGACUUCAAAACGCUGAAACCGGGCAAAUUUUCACCCACUAUAUUAUUAUUUUAGCCGUUGCUCAUAUUAGGCCUAGAAAAAUGAGAAUUGCUCACUUUUUUUUUACUUCAGAAUUUUGGAAACUUAUUUUUAAGUUGUUAAUCUUCCUGGGAGAUUUUCAAAAGAAUUUUAAAAUGUUUUCAUCAGAACCGAGGUUUUUUUAGCUUUCAUAGGGAAUUUUAGGUUGAAUUUUUCAAAUGUAUGGAAAUUUGAAUCUGAAAAACUUUUUCUGGAAAAAAAAUCAAUUUUUGAAAAAAUUUCUAGUUUUGUUUUGCUCAAAUAUUUUGCCUUGGGAUUUUAAAAAAUCCGAUUUUUCAAAUUUUGAAAAAAAAAUCGAUUAAUUUUCAAAAAUUAAAACUUGAAAUCUCAGAAGUUAUAACUAUAGUUUUCAAUUUUCAAAAAUUUUGAAAUUUUGAUUCUUAAAAAAUUUUGAGUUCGGAUUGCUCAUGUUAAGCCUAGAAAAUUGAGUCUUGCUCAGAUUAGUCUCUAAAAAAGGAAUAUGGCUCAUGUUAGGCUCUGAAAAAAUGAGUAUUGCUCAGGUUAAGCCCAGAAAACUUUUUUUGGAUUUUUUACGGAUUUUUUACCAAAUGUUUUCUUCCAGUCUGAUUCACGUGCCUCAACUGCCAGAUGUGCUCCUUCGGAUUACGGUAGUCUGCCAUUGAAUGGAAAUUCAGCGGAAAACUAUCCACCCAGGUGUGUUCUUUUUCUUUUAUUUUUUGUGUUGGUCAAAAAAAGGCCUAUACAAAUUUUGGGGAUUAUUCAUUUCACAGAAGCGUGCAUAUAUUGUCUUUUUUUCCACACACACAAAAAAUAUUAUCAUAUUUCCACUAUACAAAACUUUUUCAAUUUCAGUUUGAAAUUAAUAUUUUUCUCAGUUUCCAAUAUUGUUUUUAUUACGAUUUUUCUCGGGAAAUAUAUAUUUAUUCAGCUGUUUUUGGCCGUUUGAAAAAAGUUUUCCCCCAUUUUUUUCCUCCUUAUUUUUUUUUUCGGAAAGGAUAUCGAAUGACAUUUUUGAUGGGAAUAUUUUUUUGUUGUUGUCCUAGCAAAAUUUAUGCGAAGUAGUGCGAACCAUAUAAUUUCAAAAUUCCCGAGAAAAUCGAUGAACCAAGCACAAAAAAUAAUCGUUUUCACCUUUUUUGUGAUAAGACGCGACAAAUGUAAACAUUCAUGCAUGAACCAUCUUUUUUUAUUCCUUUUUUCUUUUCUUGCCGAGACCUUUUUAUAGAUGAGUCAUCCUGAAGAGGGACAAAUAAAUAAAUACAUAUUUUUAUUUAUGUAAAUGUUUUGGGUCAUGUUUGGUGAUAGGUUUUUGAAUCAUGUUUCUAUUAUUUUUUGGAGAAUAGUUUGGGAAGAUUUAGAAAAUAUAUUCCCCAGAAUAUUACUUAGGAUAACUUUAGAAUUCUGAUAUUUGGCUUAAAGUAGAAUUUUAUAAAUUCUAAGUUUUUCUGUGAGCCAAAAAAAUUUUUUUAAAAGUUAGGACAACUUGAGAAUUCUUUUUUUGGCCAGAAAAUCUAUCAAAUUUUCCCGGGAAUUUUUGUCGAAAAAAUUUCAAAGGGAGAAUUCGAAUUUUGACAGAUUUUUCAAAAACAUGGAUGAAGCUUGAGAUUUGAAAAAUAUUAAAUCUCUUUCUAGAAUUUUAUAAGCUUUUCUGAAAGCAAAAGUGUAUCCAGAAUAUUUUUAAAAGUAAUUUUUCCCCCAGAAUAUCACUGUUUCAUUUUCUAACUUAGCAAAACUUCAGAAUUAUUUUUUUUAGAUAGUCUAACUUCCUUAAAAACCCCAUACCUAAGAUUUUCCUCUAAAAAAUCCUCUCGAACAUCGGCUUCAAUACUUUUAUGAGCCAAUUUUCGUCAUUCUCUUUUUUCAUGUUCUCCGUUGUUUUUUCUAUAAUCGUAUUGUUAGUUACAACUUCCUGUAUCUCUCUCUCUUUUAUUUUUUCUCCAUUUUUCCUUCAUUUUUCGAAUCUCUAGAAAUGCGUCGAUUCAAUUCGGAAUCUCGUCUUCAAAAUGAGACCACUUUUGGUAUUAUUCCACAAUCUUCCUAUAAUAAUAAUUCAUCCUAUAAUAAUUCAUCUCAUCAUCAUCGAACUCUUUCCUAUCGUCAACAUCGCCGCGCGGCUUCAACUGAUGCGGAUCCGAUUCCGAUUCCGGAUCACAACCAGAUUCCAAUCCCACGACCACGUCGAGUGACUUUCUCACAACAAAUCGAGACUCCACCAAUUGCACCGUCGGUCGAUAGGAAGCCUGUGUUUUUCAGCGCCACGCAAUUGAAAUCGCUGUGAGAAUUUUUUGAGCGCGCUUCUGUGGAAUUUGAAUUUUUUGGGAGGGAAAUUGGGAUUGAAUGGGAUAAAAAAAUUGUUGUUAAUAUGAGCAAUCUAUAUUUUUUCAUAAUUUUAUGAAUGAUUUUUAAUAUGAGAAAUCUAGUUGUUAACAUGAGCAAUCUAUAUUUUUUCAUGAGCUUAUGAUUGUUGAUAUGAGCAAUAUAUGCAAUUAAGUUUCUGAUAUGAGAAAUCUAGAUUUUCAUUAUCUCAUGAUUUUUAAUAUGAGCAAUCUAGAUUUUCAUAAUCUGAUUUUUGUUAUUAUGAGCAAUCUAUAUAUAUUCAUAAUUUUUUGAUUGUUAACAUGAGCAAUCUAGUUAUUAACAUGAGCAAUUUAAUUAUUAGCAUGAGCAAUCUAGAUGUGAUGAUUAAAAAAUGACCGUGUUUUCUGUUUUCUAGAGAGACUUUCUUCAUAAAAAAAACCAAAAUGGUCCCAUUCAGACAUCCAGGAGGAAAUUCCUAUCCAAAAUGUUCCUCAUCCCAUAAAUUCUCCGUUUUUUGCAGUGUUUCUGGUUCGUCAAUUUCGUCGAGAAAUAUGAAUGAGGAUAUUUUGAAUUCCAAUAAUAGUAAGUCACUUUUUUAGUUGAACAUCUAGAAAUUCAAAAAUGCUCCUUCUUCCAGACCGAUUUCCGAGUUAUUCGAAAUUGGAGCCAAUAAACCUGAACAUAUCUUUACAAAUUGGCGACUAUAAUGUUUGGGAUUUCCUCGGUGAAGUGAUGUCGAAUCGUGCCUCGUGUUUCCCAUCGGAUUUCCGUCUCUCACCCGCCUACUCACUCUAUUUGGCCCUCCGCUUCUUCCAAAAUCACAGCAAACCCUACACUGUGCAGUUUUUCUCGCGAAUCGAAAGCAACUUCAAACAAAUCGCACAGGAAUGUUCGUCGCGCGAUGAUUUGAUAUUUUGGUUGGCGAACGCGGCCGAAUUCAAUCAUUUGAUUGAGCGAGACAAAACGUUUCGAUUUGCGAAAAUUGGAAUUGAAAUUGAGAGAUUGUUCAGGAAAUUGGUAGCUGUAUUACAAUCCCAAAUUCGACCGGCAUCUCGUGCAAUUAUUGAUAUUCAUUUAACGGAUUCCGAUUCGACUCGAGAUAUUAUUAAGAUCCUUGACUCCACUUUGCGAACUUCUCGAACAUCUCGAUUAAAUCCAGCCAUCGCAAUUCAAUUAUGCGGACACAUUUUGCAUUCUGUAAACAGUCACAUCUUCAAUCAUCUAGUCGCCGUCGGUUUCCCGCCAAUUCCCCUAACUUCCCGACUCGGAAGAUGUUUACAAAUGAGACUUGAGAUAAUCCACAGAUUCGCCGAAAGUAUGGGCAUUGAAUUGGCAGCGGAAUGCCAUUUGGAUCGAUGUAGACAGGCGGCGAAUUUGUUGGCAGCGAGUAAAAAUGAUGUGGCAACACUUGGAUCGACUUGUUAUAAAUUGAAUAGUUUGCAGGUAGAGGAGAAGAUUUUUAAGAAAAAAAAAUCAAUUUUUUUUUGUCCAGGUUGUCCACCUUCUUUCCUCAUUUGAACAUCAAGAUGGUGAAAUUCCUUGUGAUGAUGAUAUUAUUGAUCGAAUAGUACGGUUGUCUGAAAAACAGGCUGAUGUGCUGACAAUUGAAGAUGGGCAAAGAAUCACACUUGAAGAAGCCGAUGAAUUGCAACUGCCAUUCUUACUCCCGCAAGAUGGAUAUUUUGUUGAGCAAAUUCGAGCGAUACCCGAUGGAUUGUGGCAAUAUUUGAUGCAACUUCAACACCGAAGACUUUGUCAUAGUGUGACGAAUGGCCAGCAACAGAAUGGAUCAGCACAAUCACAAAAUCAUCAACAACAACCGAUUGUUCGAAGUGUUUCGCAGACAACGUUGACUAGUAUUCCGACUACGCAAUUUGUGAGUUUUUUGAAAAAAAAAAUAGAAAAUCAGAUCAGAAAUACGACAGGAUUUUCAUAGAAAUCUAUAUCGGAAUUUUGAGCUUCUCCUAAAAUUAUUUUAAUAUUUCACGGCUUCUUACGUAAUUUCCGAAAAUUUGAUUUUCAAAUUUUAUCGAGAAGAAGUUAUUAUCAUAAAGUCCACCUGAAAAUUAAAAAAAAUAUAUGAAAAUUGUUUUAUUCACAAUCAAAAUUAUUUAGAACUCAAGUUUUGUUCAAUGAACAUCUGAUUUUUUCAUCAAAAAUCAGAUAUCAAAUGUUUUUUGAUUUCACAUUAAAAAUUGUAAAUUGUCAGUCAUUUUUGUUUCCCCUUGACUCCCAAAACGAAAAAAAUACGUUUCAACAAUUUUUAAUUAUAAAUUGAAAAUUGUCAGAUCUGCUAUAAAUUGAAAAUUGUCAGAUCAAGUUAUUCAAUUUAAAAAUUUAAAAAAAUCUUUAGAAAAUUUCUCAAAGGUUCCUCAUUCGAUGUUUUUUAUCUAUAUUUUCUAAAAAAAAAAUUCAACCCUAAAAUUUCACUAAUUUUUUGUUCCUACACAAAACGAAAAAAAUACGUUUCAACAAUUUUUCAUUAUAAAUUGAAAAAUACAGUCCUCCACAUAAUCUUAGCCUCACCCCCAAAAUUUUCGAAAAAUCGAAAAUUUGAUUUUUUCAGAAAAAGUUGGCAUAGUCAAAAUAUGUCAAAAGGUGAUACAUAAAUGUACCCUACUUCGAAUUUCAGAUAAAAAUGAGGCUGAAAUAAAAAGUUGACUUUUUUGAAAAAUAGGUCUUUUCACUUUCCACAUAAUCUUAGCCUCACCCUAAAAAAUUGCUGGAAUUUCAGGUUUUUGGCUUGAAAUGAGUUUGGAAUGAGGCUGAAAAUGAUAGUUAAAUCAAUUUCAGAUAGAAUUGAGCUGUAAUCAACCACUAUUGAUUGAUUAACAGUGACCGAGAGCGCUGAUAGCGUGAAGACUUCCAUAAAAACAAGUUUUCAGUCGAAGUUGGUCCAAAAUUCGAUUAUUUCGAGCUUAAUUUUUAGAAAAUUGGUAGAAAACACUUUUUCCAACAUAAUCUGUCAAAUUCUAACCCGAAUUGCAAAAAAUUUUGAAUAUUAGCUGAUUUUUCGAAAAUUUAAAAAAUUUUUUGAACCAAAAUUUUUGAGUUUCAGCCAAAUUUCCGACAUUUUUCUGAGUUUUCCAGUUGGAUAUUCUUGUUCAGGCAAGAUACUGAUCUCUUACAUCUGAAAUAAGCUUAUUCUUCAAUAGGGCGCUCUGAAAUUGUGAGAUAUCGGUCAUAUCUGAUCCAAAGUUUCAGAUAAAUUUUGAGAAAAACAGUUUAUUCUUGUAAUUUCUGAAAAUUUCAGUUUAACUGUGUGAUAAUGGUUGAAAAACUGACAAAAACCAAUAACUUACUUCAAUUAAACAAUUUGUGUCCAAAUGUUCAACCAGGAAAGCUCCUCAAUGUUGGGUUAAAAAAUUUUCAAAAAUUCAUCAAAGUCAGGUUUCAAUCUCACCUGAUUCUUACUCCAUUUUUGAAUUUCUGAGUGUCAAAAUUCGAAAAAUUAUCAGAAUUAACGUGUUUUCGUAGAAUCAAGAAUAUCCAACUGGAAAACUCAGAAAAAUGUCGGAAAUUUGGCUGAAACUCAAAAAUUUUGGUUCAAAAAAUUUUUUAAAUUUUCGAAAAAUCAGCUAAUAUUCAAAAUUUUUUGCAAUUCGGGUUAGAAUUUGACAGAUUAUGUUGGAAAAAGUGUUUUCUACCAAUUUUCUAAAAAUUAAGCUCGAAAUAAUCGAAUUUUGGACCAACUUCGACUGAAAACUUGUUUUUAUGGAAGUCUUCACGCUAUCAGCGCUCUCGGUCACUGUUAAUCAAUCAAUAGUGGUUGAUUACAGCUCAAUUCUAUCUGAAAUUGAUUUAACUAUCAUUUUCAGCCUCAUUCCAAACUCAUUUCAAGCCAAAAACCUGAAAUUCCAGCAAUUUUUUAGGGUGAGGCUAAGAUUAUGUGGAAAGUGAAAAGACCUAUUUUUCAAAAAAGUCAACUUUUUAUUUCAGCCUCAUUUUUAUCUGAAAUUCGAAGUAGGGUACAUUUAUGUAUCACCUUUUGACAUAUUUUGACUAUGCCAACUUUUUCUGAAAAAAUCAAAUUUUCGAUUUUUCGAAAAUUUUGGGGGUGAGGCUAAGAUUAUGUGGAGGACUGUAUUCGAUCUGCUAUAUUUUUUCAUCAUAAAAAACGAUAUCCACCACUAGAUUUACAAUUAGAUUUAUAUUUUUGCACAGAAAAAUUCCAAGAAAAAAUCCUGAAACUUAUUUUUAUUUUCCGAAAAUAAAACAAUUUAAAAAAUGUCAACAUUUUUUUCUGCUUCUUCACAAAACGAAAAAAAAAUACGUUUCAACGAUUUUUCAUGAUAAAUUUUGAAAUAUCCGAUAUGCUAAGUUGUUUAAAUCACCAUCAUUAAUUAUUUGCAGGGCGAUAGUAUUGGAAGUGGAAUGUCUCAAUCCCUUCACCAACAUUUCUCAACAUCUCACAACACAUCUUCAUCAACAACAACCCAGCAGCCAUCUGCAAUAUUAGCCGCACCUCAAUCAUUUUCCGCUUCCGCAAACCAACAACAAGAUGCGUUGAUUCGUGUUUUAUUGCGCAAAAAUGGAGGGGGAAUUGGAUUGAGUAUUGUUGCGGCGCAGGUAAUAACGGGGGGAAUGACUAAUUAAAACAGGUAGUAAUUAGGUAUAGUUAACUUUAUUUCUUUUCUCGUUUUUAUUAGUGGCAAAAAAAGAAAGAUAGAUUAAAAUCUGCUUUUGUUUUUAUUUGAUUUUAUUUCAUCCGAUCUCUUUUUAUUUCUGGGUCGAUAUGGUUAUUGUUGGAGUUGUUGCAAAGGUUUUUUGAGCUACAUUUUGGCAGAGAUUUCAAAAAUUAAUUCUGGAACUUUUUUCAGGGCGUCGGUGACAGACAGAUGGGAAUUUAUGUGAAGAAAGUUGUUGAGGGAACGCCGGCUGCGUUGGAUGGAAGAUUGGAGACGGGAGAUCAGUUGAUUUCGGUUAAUGGACAUUCGUUGAUUGGCAUUUCGCAGGAGGAGUGGGUUUUUUUGGGGGCGAUUUGGAAAAAAUUGAAGUUUUGUUCAAAAUAACUUUAGAAAAAUUCAAAAUAAUAUGAGAAAUGCUUUAAUUUUUCUGGGUUUUGAAGAUUUUGAAAAGAAAUUGAAUUUUUGUUCAAACUUAGCUUAGAUAGAAAAAUUCAAAAUAAUAGAAAAGUAAUAUGAGCAAUGCCUAAAUUUCUAGUUUAAUAUGAGCAAUUCUUAAAUUUCUAGACCUAGAGUAAUGUUUAGAAAAUUUGGAAAAUUUUAGAUCUUACAGUAUAAAUUUGAGUCAAAUCCUGAUUUUAGAAUCGAAAAUAGAAAAUACCAGAUGAUUUUUUUUUAAUUUCAAAAUAUUUCCUGAAAACGUUUUUCCCCUCCUCUCAUCAGAAUGAUUUCUUGCAGAGCUGCAAAAUUAAUGACAAGCAGCGGAAAUGAAGUUCACUUCGAUGUUCGCAAACGCGCCGCACAUCGAAAUGGCCUCAGCACGUGGCUCGUCUCACCAAUCACACCAUCCACUUCUUCGCCAAUGUUCCCGCCGCCGGCCUAUAACAAUGUUGUCAACAGACCUCCAUCAACUGCAAAUUAUGACGUGGUUCCUCCGCCAUCAAAAUAUCCGAGUGCUUUCGUUUCGCCUCAACAUUUACAACAACAUUAUCAACAUCAUAAUAAUAAUAUUCAUGGAACUGAGCCUGGAUCUGUUCGACAUUAUCGAUCGUCGUCGGCUUCCGAUUUACAACAACAACAACAGCAAUUGGCAAAUGGAGGAGAUGUAGGGGUUUUUUUUGAAGCUAAGCGUUUAGCGCACAGGUGUAAUUUGCUACGCGAUUUUUUGCAAAGCCUAACAUGAGCAUUACCUCACACUUUGUAAUUUACUACCUAAAAACUCUCUGAAUCAAUUAAGACCUGACAUGAUCUUAAGGUUGGUUCUAAAGUUAAAUCGGAGAGUUUUAAGGUAGUAAUUACAAAGUGUGAAGUAUAGCCUAUUUUAAGCUCUGAAAAAUGAAUAUUGCUCAUGUUAGGCUUUGCAAAAAAAAUGAGAGAUUCAGAGAAAAAUUAUUUUUGAUCUACCCAAAAAACUAGCGAUUCUUGUUAGUAAAUUACACACUGUGUAGCGGCCACGUGAAGUCUCUAGCUAUCCGCGUGGCCGCUGACGCGGAAUCUUGCGGUUUACACUCGCUCCGCUCGAAAAAUAAAGCCUAAAAUGUUUUUUUUCAGCCUAACGCAUCUUUCUCCCAAAUGUCAAUAACAUCAAGCGGCCAGCGAUCUUCGGUCUUCGACAAAUUACCCUCCCAUUAUCGCCACUCGACCCGCCCAACAGUCAUUCAACCGAACCGCCCUGGUGCACAAUCGCCGUCGGCACUCCGAAGAUCGGCGCCGUCUCCAACCAAUUUGUAUCGACCCACAUCGGCUUCGAAUCUUUUUGCGCCACCUAGGCAAAAUGGAGCGCUUGCCGGGUAUUCGAGUAAUGCGGCUAGAGAGAGUACACAGGAUUUGCAUAGAGCUGUGAGUUUUUGACUGAUUUUUGAUAGAAAUUUGAUCUUAAAGGUGGAGUCUGACUAAAAAUAUAUCAAUUUCAAUUCAAAACUUCGUCUCCUGGUUAAAAAAGCCAUUGACUAAUUUUCAUUAAAAUCGGAAUUCACAGAGAAAAACAGCUCCAAAUUACUGGAAAGCCAUUUUACACGGUGUUUCACAGUUUUUUUUCGAAAAAAGUUUUAAAAUAAUGUUUGAGAAGCUCCUGAUAAUUUGUUUCUUGCUCAGGCUCCACCUGAAAUUUUUUAGUCAUGGGAUAAAUUAUUGACUUGAAUCUUUUAUUUUGCUGUGGGCUGAUUCACGAACGAAAAAGUGUUUUUUAAAAAUUUUUCACAUUGAAAGAUCAAUUCACGAAAAAUCAAAAAGAAAACAUUGUGGGUCAAAAUUAGUUUUUCGAGUUUUUCAGCCAAAAAUGAUGACAAAUCAAUAUUUUUCAAGCUUCUGGAGUAAUUUCUGAUAAAAAUAAGCCUCGAGGACCCUAUUUUGCUUUAUUUUAUGAAUUUUUUCGAAAUUCAUCAAAAUUUUAACAUUUUUUAUUUUACGAAAAAUCAGCAAAACCUUCUGGAAAGUGAAUUCCGAAGUCAAUUUUCAUCAGAAAUUACUCCAGAAGCUUGAAAAAUAUCGAUUUGUCAUCAUUUUUGGCUGAAAAACUCGAAAAACUAAUUUUGACCCACAAUUUUUUUUCAACAUUUUUUGACUUUUUCAUGAAUUGAUCUUUCGAUGUUAAAAAAAACAUUUUUCCGUUCGUGAAUCAGCCCUUUUGUUUUUUUCUCCCAUUGUAUCCUUCUUUUUUAUAGCUUGAACUCUCUUCCCCAUUGGCCCGCUCAACCCCGAAUGAAGAAUCAUUUAACAGUCGAUCAAUAUAUUCAACAACCAACACAUCCAAUACUAAUAAUCGAUAUCCUUCUAAUCACACUUCUCCACAAUAUCAACAACCAAAAGUUGUUAAGGAGCCGGCGAUUGUUCGACCUGUUGAAUUGAAUAUGCCCAAACCGACGCCGGUUAUUAAGGGAGCUGUUCCGACGGCGAUUACGCAAGCAUUACAAUUGCAAAAUGGAACUUCAACAAAUAAUAUUCGAGCUGUUCGACCGCAAUCUGGACUUCGAGAGAAACUUCUAGAAAGACAAGAUGCGGAUGUUCGACAAUUGGAAAAGACAAACAUUGCAUUGAUGAGUUAUGAAGCUGUGAAUGAGGAAUUAGAUCGACUUGAUAUGAAGGGACAAUUUAUGAGUGAAGAUGAAACGAGAAGAUAUCGAGAAUUGUUGAAUGUGGCGGCUGAACAAAGUCGAGCGAGACGGUUGUUGGCUGAUGUGAAAAGUCCAUCGGUGGAGAGGAAUAUUCCGAUUGUUGUGCAGACGCCACAGAAAUUGGUACAGAGAGAAACGAGAAUUGAAACGGUUAUUGAUGAUAUUCCGAAUUCGAAUUCGAGUAUUGAAAAUGUGUCACCGGAUAAUCGGAAAGUUCAAUUCAUUGAUGAAAUUGCGCAGGGCCCAUCGACGACGGCGACGCUGUUUGCAGCCGAUGUUCCACUUUUGGAUUCACCUGGGGUUGGUUUGAAUUGGGUUAACCUGAGCAAUACAAUGCUCCAAAAUUUUCGAAAAAUUGAGAUUUUCAGUCUGAAAUUGGGUUAACAUGAGCAAUGCUCCAAACUUUUGCUAAAAAAUUUGAUCAUAUUUUUUAUCUUUUAAAAGAUUUCAAGAAUUUUUUCCACAAACUUCUGAAAAAUUGAAGCCAAAAGUUUUUCAAAAAUAAAAUUCUGACUAUGAUUUUGGCUUAAAAUUGGGCUGAAAAUUUUUUUAUUUAAAAAAUAAUUAGAAAUUUGAAUUCUGGGGAUUUUUUUGAAAUUUUUUAGCCUAAAAUUCAAAUUCCUUGAAUUAAAUUUCAAAUCGGAACACUUUUUUGGAAUUUCAGAAUUCUAAAAAUCCAGCUGGGAUUUCUGAUAAUCCUUGAAGUUCAGAGUGGAACUUUCUAGAAUUUUUUCCAAAAAACAAUUCUGACAAUGAUUUUGGAUUAAAUUAAAAAUAGGACUGAAAAUCCGAAAUUUUCAUUGUUUUUCGAAAUUAAAAACAUUUUUUCAUCAAAACCCAUAUUUUUCCAGAUUGUUGGCACAAAUGAAAUCUAUCGCGAUCCCCGCCAACGUCGUCUAAACGAAAUUCAAGAUCGCACAAAAUCCGACGGAGCCGAUGGAGCAAAACUUGGCUUCCGAGACAAGCAGAAAUUGUUUGCUCGACAAAUUGGAGAAGAAGAAACACCGAGACAGCGAAAAGAUGUUAGCAGUGCUCAAAGACAAAUUGAAAAUGAAAUAUUGAAUCAGAAUCAGAAUCAGAAUUAG